CGGGCCUGGCGCGCGCCGCGCCGGCUGUCUCGCUCCGGAGCCCGAGCGAGCGCGGCUGCUCCCGCGUCCCCGAGGGGCAGCGGGCCCCGCCGCCGGCCCUGCCCGAUGGCGAGGCUGCGGGAUUGCCUGCUCCGCCUGACGGUCACGAUCCGGUCCCUGCUCUUCUGGUCCCUGGUCUACUGCUACUGCGGGCUCUGCGCCUCCGUCUACCUGCUCAAACUUUUGUGGAGCAUCGGCAAGGGACCCGCGCAGACCUUCCGGAGGGUCGCCCGGGAACACCCUCCCGCGUGUCUGAACGACCCCUCUUUGGGUACCCACUGCUACGUGCGGAUCAAGGAUUCGGGGUUAAGAUUUCAUUAUGUUGCUGCUGGUGAAAGAGGCAAACCACUUAUGCUGCUGCUGCAUGGAUUUCCAGAAUUCUGGUAUUCUUGGCGUCACCAACUAAGGGAAUUUAAAAGUGAAUAUCGAGUUGUAGCGCUUGAUCUGAGAGGCUAUGGAGAAACAGAUGCUCCCAUUCAUCGAGAAAAUUACAAAUUGGACUGUCUAAUUACAGAUAUAAAGGAUAUUUUAGACUCUUUAGGAUAUAGCAAAUGUGUUCUUAUUGGUCAUGACUGGGGGGGGAUGAUUGCUUGGCUAAUUGCCAUCUGUUAUCCUGAAAUGGUGAUGAAACUUAUUGUUAUUAACUUCCCUCACCCAAAUGUAUUUACAGAAUAUAUUUUACGACACCCUGUCCAGCUGUUCAGAUCCAGCCAUUAUUACUUCUUCCAAAUACCAUGGUUCCCAGAAUUUAUGUUCUCAAUAAAUGAUUUUAAGGCUUUGAAACAUUUGUUCACCAGUCACAGCACUGGCAUUGGAAGAAAAGGAUGCCGAUUAACAACAGAAGAUCUUGAAGCUUAUAUUUAUGUCUUCUCCCAGCCUGGAGCAUUAAGUGGCCCAAUUAACCAUUACCGAAAUAUCUUCAGCUGCCUGCCUCUCAAACAUCACAUGGUGACCAUUCCAACACUACUACUGUGGGGAGAGAAAGACGCAUUUAUGGAGGUUGAGAUGGCUGAAGUCACAAAGAUUUAUGUUAAAAAUUAUUUCAGGCUAACUAUAUUGUCAGAAGUCAGUCAUUGGCUUCAGCAAGAACAACCUGACAUAGUAAACAAACUGAUAUGGACAUUUCUGAAAGAAGAAACAAGAAAAAAAGAUUGAUUUUCUAUAUCUUCUAUGAGGGGUCUAUAAUGAAAUCUCUAAAUAAUUUUUAAUAAUUGUUCAUCAACCUCUUUAAGCUUCAUUAGGAAAAAAUGUUUUAAUAUGCUUUAUCAUAAAUAUCCCAACAAAUGAUAUUGAAAAAAAUCUGAGAAUGUGUGGAUUUGUAACAUGAUGUUGAUUUUCUUCUGUUGAAUUUUGCACGGGAAAGCAUCUGCCUUAAAAUGUAUACAUUGGUACAAAAAGGAAGUUGGGGCAAGUGGCUUAGUUUUUAUUUCCUGCAUUCUUUACCCUGUUAACAUCUGGUGCCUUUUAUAAAUGUAUAUUAAAGAUUAGCUGUGCCAUGUUUAAAAAGGCAAACCUGCAAUGGUAUAAAUUUUCAUUUUAUUGUUCAAAACUUCUUUUUACUAUUUUUCAACCAUUAAAAAAUUCUAUUGUCAAAUCUCUUGGAUUUAUAAUAUGCUUAUGAGUUUGAAGGCAAAGAUGAUUAGAAGAAUAUGCAUUCUUAAAACAAGUCAUAAAUUCUAUUUAUACUGGAAAGAUUAACAAGAGAUAAUGUAGAGAUUCUCAUGUAUAUGUGUGUGUAUUUAAUACUGCAAAGUUGGAAAGCACAUCUAUCAAAUUACUUAUCUUAAUUUUCCAGCUAAACUGGUAAGAGAUUUAGAUGAAAGAUCAAAAUAUCCUUUUGUCCCUAUUAUGCAACCAGAAUUGAAUUCUGUACUUCCUAUGUGCAGUAGAAUCUAAGCUCCACAAAGCAUAAAUUUUUUACUGUUUUAUUACCUGACACAUAUCCAACAUCUGGAAUAAGGGCCUGGCUCCAUUGUGAGCACUCACUUACCUGUUUAAUGAAUAAAUAAAUAUCUGACACACUGUUAGGCAAAUAUAAAGGAAAGAUGGCAUGGUAAUAUGGAACUUUCCUUAGGAAGUAUACACAGGAAAGAAAAAAAAAAGAAGUAUACACAGGGGCACCUGGUGGCUCAGUCAGUUAAGCGUCCACCUUCUGCUCAGGUCAUGGUCCCAGAGUCCUGGCAUUGAGCCUUGCGCUGGGGCCCCCUGCUUCUCACCCUCCUCCCCACUCAUGCUCUCUCUCUCUCUCUCUCGCUAUCUCUGUCUCUCUCUCUCAAACAAAUAAAUAAAAUCUUUUUUUUUAAAGAUUUUAUUUAUUUAUUUAUCAGAGUGAGCACAGGCAGAUAGAGUGGCAGGCAGUGGCAGAGGGAGAAGCAGGCUCCCCGCUGAGCAAGGAGCCCGAUGCAGGACUUGAUCCCAGCACAGGACGCUGGGAUGAUGACCUGAGCCGAAGGCAGCCGAAGGCACCUAGGCGUCCCAAAUAAAAUCUUAAAAAAAAAAGAAGUAUACAGAGAAUGUAGUUAAGUUAAACAAGGAUUCAAGAGUAGUAACAAACAUUACAAAUAGGAGUGGGAAGACUUACAGAAGAGAGAAUGAUACAAGCUCAAGGUAGUACUACCCAUUCACUUGGGUUGGUCUCAUCUGGCAUCGGAGACAACCAGUAACAUUGCCAAAUCAUGUCUCCUUAGAGGCUACAGCUAUGUUCCCAACUAAGACUAAGUUGGUGAAAAAAUGUCUCCCUCACUAAGUGUAGUUCUGAUAGUGACAGAAGAAAGUGGAAUGUUCUUAAGAAUUCUCAUUAUUGUAUCUUAAGCAACUUUUAUUUAUUAAUAAAAACCCAACUUUCUAUAUACAUUUUUGCUUGUGCUUCAUAAUAACAUUACAAGAUAGAGGGUAUUACCAGUUUACAGAUGUGAAAAAUAAGGUUGGCCAAUGCCCGUGGUAUAAUUGUUAGAAGCAGAAUCUGACCUAAAUUCAUUUGGUUAUAAAGCCUCUAAUCUUUCCAAUAAGAUAACAGGCUCUGUAUCUACACUGUUUUGUUUUACUGGUAACCUGAUGUGCUCCAAUAAAUAGAAACAUCUCUCAGAAACCUAUAAUUUGACUUUUAAUUCUGGGGAAAGGAAUUUAAAUCAGUAAUUAGCAAAUUAGCAUUGUCAGAGUUGCAAAUGUUACAAGGUAUAGAAGAGAGCCUGGUUCACAGCGACUUUGAUUAUGCUUCCCUCUUGAUCAUUUCUGAAUGGCAGCAAGAAAGGGAAGAAUAGGACUUUGACUGUUUAUGUUGACCCAGUAAAAUAAUCCUGACUUGCUUUACUGAAAACUGGUUACUGACUAAGGUGAUUUUAAGGUUUGUUGUUGUUAUUUAUAUCAGUUUGGAAUGGUGACUGGUUCAUGUGGACUCAUGUUAAUAAUAUGAAUCAAAUGUGCUAUGGCUAAUUCCAGCCCAUGAUAAUGGAUGUAUUCUAAUUUGCUAUGUAUGUAGAAGAGGGCUUGUAACAGAUAUAAAGGCUCAUGGGUGCCAUCAGUUAAACCUCUUAGCAUAAAGAGAUAUCAUGGUCUCUGUAGAGAUCAAUUUGUAGGGAGAGUAAAUGAAUUUGGCUUACCAACUCCCAAAACAUUUCACAGUAAG